UUUAUGCAUCAUUCGCAUUUCAGUCGUCUCACGGUGAAGUCGGUGAGAUUAGUAGCUUGGCUUUUUUUCCGGUCCGGUCGUUUCGCGUCGUUAUUUGUAUUCUGGAAGUAAAAGCGCUGAAAUACUGAAUCCCAAAUCGCGCGUUUCGAAACGUUUAUUUUCCUAUUGAAAAAUAUCUUCAACCGUAACGCAUCAAGAUGGUGGACAAAAUCGACAUGAGCCUCGAUGAUAUCAUCAAAUCGACGAAAGGUCAACGCGGUGCUGGUGGCGCCGGAAAUCGUUCCGGUGGUGCCCGCGGUGGAUCCGGAGGCCGAAACAACAGUCGCAACGGAAGUGGCCCCGGAAAUUUCCGCUCACGGCAACAGCGUGGCGGACCCUCGGGCGGAGGUGUUCUCAAAGGCCGCAAUCGGGGCGGAAUCCAGCGUUCGAAAUUUCCACGGGGAGACGUCAACAGUGCCUGGAAGCAUGACAUGUACGAGGGAAGCCGCAAGAGCCGGCUGUUGGCCGCUGCCGGACUUGGAACAGGCGGAGGCCCCGGAGGGCUGGGCAGCACCAAGCUGAUGGUUUCGAAUCUGGACUUCGGGGUGUCGGAGUCGGACAUCAACGAGUUGUUCGCGGACUUCGGGCCGCUCAAGAGCGCCUCGGUUCACUAUGACCGAUCUGGACGAUCGCUUGGAACAGCCGAUGUGGUAUUCGAGAGACGGGCCGAUGCAAUCAAGGCAAUGAAGCAGUACAAUGGCGUUCCGCUGGAUGGACGACCGAUGAGCAUUCAGCUGGCCACCUCGGAAAUUCCGGCCCCUCGAGUUUCCAGACUGGGUGGUGGUGGCAGUGGCGGUGCCCCUGCACGAUCCCCAGGUCGACGGCAGCAGGAGGGAGGACGCAGCGAGCGUGGUGGUGGCGGUCCACGAAACAAUCAGCAAAACCGACGUGGCGGAAGCGGAGGUGGUGGUGGUGGCGGUCCUCGACGACAGCAACGGGAGACCAAAACAGCCGAAGAGCUGGACGCCGAAUUGGACGCGUACGCCAAGGACAUGAAGUAGACCAAUGGGGAGCUGACCUGGUUGCUGCAAGACGGUUGCUGGUUGCGAAAUAUAGCACGUGGGUAAAACACGUUUUACACUUUUUGCUUUGAUUUGAUGGUGAAAGCGCGCUAUGUUUACCCAACAACUCGUAGAAACUGGUCGUGUGGAGUGUAAAUAAAACAAAAAAGUAAUCGUAAAGUUCUACAGAAAACUAAGUACAUUAAACAAGUCGGCUGUUGAUCAAUGUGAGGACCGGAAUUAAAGGACGAUAGGAAUAUGACUAUAACGGCGAGACGAUGAACUACAGCAGAAAACCAAUCGCGAACCUAUGCCAAGAAAACUCGCGACGUGAUUUGUGAGACAAACAUAUAACCGUACACUGUUUAGGUUGCCAGUAUAAAAUCUAAUACACAGAAGUCCGGUUCGAAUGGCUAUAAUUUUAACUAAUAAAUUGAACUGAUUAGUGAAAUUAGUUUUCACUCUUAACUACAACUCAGAGCAAAGUAAUGUGAAAGUUGACUUUCGAUGAUCUUAACAAAUAGUUUUAAUUGAUGAGAUUUCCUGCUGUCACUGACAUCAGCAAAGCGGCAGUCGAUGCAACUAAAACCCCCACGAAGGAACACUCAUUCAUGUUGGAUGUUUCGUUUGAAGAAGCAGCUGAGGUGAAAAACGGUCAACUUGAAUUACAGAAAUUCAUGCUAUCGUACAAUUGAUUAAGGGUCGCCGAACGUUGAGCAAAGGUUGUUCAACAAGAUAUCAUCCCGUGUCGAUAACAAUCUUCAACAUAAGAUCGCAUAAGAUAAACAGUCAUUAACAAAUGAACAAAGUUUGUAGUACCUAUCUUUAUUUUCUGGACAUUAGCGAAAUAGUUCCCUUAUUAGAGAUUUGUAACGUUGAUCUUUCAUAACUUGAAAAUUGUGAAAUUUUGAAGAUUUUCUAAAAAUUCCUUUCAAAAUAGUUAAAACUUGUAUCAUGUUUGCUUUUGUUUAAUAAAUAUUUAAAAAAAAAACACUAGACUCAUUCAUAACCUUCGGCAUCUUCAAAAACAGGUGUUUUUUUGUGGAAGAUCAACGUUUGGUCGCGAUUUAUUUCGGCUAAUCUCAACAUGCUGACCGUCCCGUAAUAUGACUCUUUUAAAGUAAGCUUCGCCAAACAACAAAUGUGUCGGCUUGUUGGAGCAAGCAAGCUUACUAGAAGAAGCUCAUGGGAAGAUUUUCGCUGAACUUAAUCUUUAGUUUGUAACGUUUAGUUUAAUAAAUCAUUGGAAACGAGAAAAAAAAAAACAAAUAUGUAAUAAAGUAACACAAACUAUUACCUCAAAUAA